AUGGGGGAGAAGUCGGAAAACUCUAGGAUUCCAGAGGAUCUGCUCAGUGAUCUGAAAGUUACAGAUCCCCAGGAAGCAGAGUGUGCUAGCGCUUCGGUUUCUAAUCCUGAGGAUCACCAUUCCCAGAGCCACCUGCUCCAGGAUGGUGAGGCCCAUCCCCAGGAGGACCAGGAAGAAGAGGAGUGCUUUCAUGACACCAACACUUCAUUUGAGGAGGAGGAGCCAGGAGUGGACAAGGCUGAGAACAAACCUGAUGAUGGUGUGAAUGCCUCUGAACUAGAUGAAGAAUAUUUAGUAGAACUGGAAAAAAACAUGCCAGAUGAAGAGAAACAGAAAAGAAGAGAAGAGAGCACUAGACUAAAAGAAGAGGGAAAUGAGCAGUUUAAGAAAGGAGAUUAUAUAGAAGCCGAAAGUUCUUAUAGUCGAGCCCUUCAGAUGUGCCCAUCCUGCUUCCAGAAAGACAGGUCCAUUCUGUUUUCAAAUAGAGCUGCUGCAAGGAUGAAACAGGACAAGAAAGAGAUGGCCAUCAGUGACUGCAGCAAAGCAAUUAAGUUAAACCCCAGCUAUAUCAGAGCAAUAUUGAGGAGAGCGGAAUUGUACGAGAAAACUGACAAGCUAGAUGAAGCCCUGGAAGACUAUAAAUCUAUAUUAGAGAAAGAUCCAUCAGUACAUCAAGCAAGAGAAGCUUGUAUGAGAUUACCUAAGCAAAUUGAAGAACGUAAUGAAAGGCUAAAGGAAGAGAUGUUGGGUAAACUAAAAGAUCUUGGGAACUUGGUUCUCCGACCUUUUGGACUCUCCACAGAAAAUUUCCAGAUCAAACAGGAUUCCUCUACUGGCUCCUACUCCAUCAAUUUUGUUCAAAAUCCAAAUAAUAACAGAUAACAAAGAUAACAGUAGCUUUUUGAGCUAGUUUGGCAAUUGUGUGCUGCUUGCUGUUAGCAAGGGGAAAGGCCCUGCCAAUGUUUAACUUUUAAAAGCAUCUUAUCUCACAGACAGGCUAUCCAGUAGAGCCCAGUGCUCCCUUUUCCCUCUUGUUUUAUGACCAGGGAGAAAUGCACUUCCUGAUGUAAUGAGCCUAAGUUGAUUUCCAUUUUAAGGUGGUGUCUGUGCAGCUGUCACCCCUGGUUCUGGCUGUCCUUUGCUUUGUCCAGGAGGGAGCCUGCUUGUCAAGGCUGACUGCCCUGAGCCAUACAAACGCACCAGGCCAGCCAGAGUCUCUCCUACACCGAGCAAACCUGCCAGUUGGAGACUACCCAGACAGGAUUAAUGGGGUUCCGCCUGCUGCCCCUCUCCCUGAUCACAUUCACUGCCCGGGCUGCCAUGUGUGGGCUACAGCAUCUCCCGAUUUCCUCUGUGGUAAUAAACGCUUUCUGUGAUGGUCUGA